AUGGCGACGACGACCACAAGCCUUAGCUCCUCGUCCUCCCCAGUCUUGCAAUCGUUUGACACCUUCAGAGCAGAUUUGGAUGAUUAUAACGACAGACGCGAACGGCUCAUUAAAGCGAGUCGUGAUAUAACAAAUCUCUCGAAGAAAGCUAUUUUUCUUUUGCAUCGUCUUGUUCAAAAUCCAGCAGACGCCAAUGAGGAUCAACCCACUCAUUACAAGAAAGCUGCUCAACAAGGAUAUGAAAAGCUUCGCGAAAUCCAGGAUCUCUAUGCCAAGCUCCAACCAGAGCUAGAAGGCGACAAAUACUGGAGAUAUCAACGACAAGUCUCCCCCGGUUUGCAAGAAUACAUUGAAGCACUGAGCUUUGCUCAUUAUCUCGACCAUGGAACUUUGAUCACCUUUGACGAAGUCCAGAAGACGCUCAUGACUGCAGAUGGCGUCAAGUUUUUCCCACUCACUGUGUCCGACUAUCUAUUGGGGCUGUCAGAUCUCACCGGAGAACUUAUGCGCUUUGCGAUCUCCGGGAUUGCAAACAAAGGCGGCAGACAGAAAGCAAGUGAAGUCUGUGCAUUUGUACGGAGAUGUAAAGCUGAUUUUGAAGGACUAACUCCCUACAUACGUGACUUGAGGAAAAAACAAUCCGUGACCACUCAAUCACUCGAGAAAAUUGAAGAUGCUGCAUACGCGAUCUUUGUUCGAAGCUCUGAAUAUGAUUUGCCGCCCGAGAUAUUGGAUGACAUUGUUGCGCAAUCAGUCUCAAAUUAUAGCAGCCACACCUACGAAACUCGUGGUCAUAGAAGAGAUCUCCAUGCCGGAAGCGAUGAUGAAAAUGGGGCCAUUUGA